AUGGCGAAACUAGAGGACGUGUUGGUAGACGCCGAGGCCGUUUAUACAUGCAACUAUCUUCUGAAAUGCUAUAGCGAUGACUUCGGUGUGGACGUGCUCACUGAGGUGCCGGAUAUAAACGUGGCUGCGGCGUCAUUCCUAUCGGAAGUUGCCGGGAAAUCGGCUGAACAGGUAAAAGCCACAUUGGACAGGCUGAAUCAUGCGCUGCUGGUUGUAAGCGCCUUGCGUCACAAGGGGGUAUUGAACAACACGAGCGACAUAAUAAAAAGUGAGGAGGAGGUGAACACGUUUCUGGGUCUGCUCAACGAGGUGUCAGAGUCGGUCGGUGUUUUGCGCAGCGAUGUUGAAAGCCGCUAUGGGCACUCUAUUUCUUUAUAUCGGUCGUUAGAAGAUGACAUCGCGUGUCUUGACGGCAUUUGUAAGGCUCAGGCGUACGUGGUUGAAUGCAUGGGCGUGUUAUCCGGUCUGCGUGAACUCAAGUCCGAGAGCCACAGUCUGGAAACGUUAGACGGCUAUGCGGCGUUGCUGAACACGUCACAUAAGCUCGGUAAGAUCAUAUCUCGCGUUGCUGCGAUGCAAAAGACCGAUGUGAGCAGCAUUAUCUCCAGGCAAUGUGAGGAAUUGAAGGCGGAGUUGGUAAAUCUCGCAUCUGAGAAGGGCGUAAGCGCCCUGAUUCGUCAGCACAUGACGUCAGGUAGUAAUGACAUAGUUGAUGAGGGUACACUGAAGAGGCUCGCGAUAUGUCAUUACAUUCUAAAGGAGCUCGCAGUAACGCCCUCGUACACGCUACGCCUGGUGGAUGAAAUGGUCGCGUCCACAGGUAGGUGCAUCAAUUUGGAUCAGUUGUUGAGGUCGGGCACACGGGACGAUAUGUGGCAACAAUUCUUAAUAUCGCAGUUGGCCGAAUUCAUGGCCAAGUACAAGUCGUGUCUGAUGGCACUCCAUACAUUCUGCCGUUCCGUGAACUAUCGCCUGAGCGAACACCUGAAUGAGGAAGAGGAGCGUAUUACGAAAGUAUGUCCCCUUCUCUCGCAGCCACUUCGUAAGCAACAUGACCCUUUAGAGGUGUUCGCUGCAUGUGAGCUUUACGUCAAGCGUUGUGUGGGCAUUUUGCACACAGCCUUAACUCAGCUGGAAUCGCAAUCGCCCUCAAGUGGACGCUUCGACGUUGCGAUGCUCGCCCCUCAGCUGAUUUCCAUCGGGGAAUGCACCCACAAGGAGCUAUGCCAUUUGAACAUCCCCUUCAACAUGCACGCCCACUACUUUACGGUGGUGUGCGAGAGGUACGCCAAGGAGUUUAUGACCAACGCCGCUGCGCGUAUGCUUCCGGCGUCUCAGACGGCAUUCGCGGCCUGUUUGAAAGUGCUACACCAGAAUGGCGUGAGAAACUUCAAGGGCUUGUCGCCCGACCGCGAACUGCAGCUUGCAGCCUCCGUGGUCCACUCGGUGCCAGUAGACGUUGGUCUUGCGCGAGUGAUGUACGACUUUUUAGAUAAAUCGCACAGCUGCGAGACCCUGCAUAGGCACGUGUUGGAGGUUGCGAACUCGGCCCUGCAGCAUAUAUUACGGGCUGCUGAAGAUGUGUCCACCGUUUCAGGAUCACGUCUGCUGCUGAGCGAUGGCGGCAGCAAGAUAUCGCUGAAGCGUCCCACCGAUGCGCACCGUAUUAAUGCGCGCAUCUAUCACUACAUUUUGUCGUUCGUGGACGUGAUAGAGCCGUGCCUGGUAAUGCCGAUGGACAAGGAGUCGAAAUUAUACGGUACGGUGCAGAGUUGCAAAAACUUGAAGGUCAUUGACUGCUGGGCUGAUGAUGUUGGUGCCACCCUGUGGCAUACGGUAUCCUACAUCAGCUCGGGUAAUUGCCAGGAGUUUGGGUGGCAAGCGCAGCAGGUGCUCACCGCAACGCAGAAUAUUGUGAAAAUAUGCAAUUUCUUGCGGGAAAACUACUUCAACCCGCUUGUGCCAUAUGGGCGCCUACGCCUGUUUAGGCGUUUGGCGACUCAUGCCAUCUCAUGUUUCGUUGUUUAUGCAUUGACGGUCUGGCCUCUGGAGGAGAACGACAAGAUUUCGCUGCUGGGCGUCGUGACCGAGUUGGAGAUGGAACUAGCUGAAAUCCUGAAAGAAUCAGUGCCCAAGCUUGAGUCCGACUUCCUCGCGGCUCUACGUCGACUUCUUUACCUAGGCGAUGAAUUGUACGAUGUAAUCGACUCGCCGGACUUCCAAACCAGCGCGUGUCUGAAGCUGCCACUGGAUCUAAUAUCGCUACACGUGAUGACACGCAUAGUUAACAGCACCCAUGUGUCGACGUCGAUGCGUGAAGAGUUGUUGCGUUCGCCUCUCCACCAAUAUUGGAAGACAAGCAGCAUACAUAACGUUCUGGAUUCCUUCCGCAACACGAUGCUGCGGUACGAUCCAUCGGUUCCGUGCUCGCCGAUGUUCGGAAAGAAGUUGGCAGCUUAUUUGAAGCAGUUUGGGUCGUUCGAAUCUCUGCUAAGCGGACAACUAAGUGGAGCCUUUUCCUUCCUUGACAGUCACUAG